AUGAGUGCAUCCCCGUCUCUUCCCACCCAUGGCAUACCCGUCAAAGACGACACCACCAAGGGUGCUCAACUGCCACUCGUUAUCCUCGCAGAUCUGAAAGAUAGCGAAACGACCCGUCUAAUUCAGCACCUGCAAGGGUCGGUGAAGAAUGACGAAACCCUGACUGUUCAUCCCUGGCAGCCUUCGACAGAGACCCUCCAGGCCAUCGCCAAACAGGGCCCGUUCCCCGACAGCCAGGCCAACAUCCAUGCUGCAGCAGUACUGGCCUCGCGCGCAGGAUGGGACGGUCUCUUGGUGGCAGACCAACUAACCAAGCGUCAGCUCACUGGAACUCUGAGGGUGGGCGAGUAUCCGACUGUCUCUGCUGUGAUGGUCUCCAUCCGGCCUGCAACAGGAGAAGGCCAAAUUCACAUCUUUGCAAAGCGCACGGCUGGUCCGACAUGGCCCAUUGGAGGAGACGAGCACGAACUCGUAUAUGAAGACAUUCUUGCGGAAUUGUCGAGCUUCGAACCCACGGCCCCGAGCAGAGAGAAUAACCCCUUCCCCGACGCUGGACUCGCUCUGCAUGACCCCGAUAGGCGUCCGUUGAGUCCAGAGACUUCGGCGAUCCUGGCCUGGGAGGAGCAUCCCGAGCCCGAUGUUUCUCGCAUUGAACUUCCAAAAAGCUCCAUUCAUCAUGGUCUGGGCCAUCUAAACGUGUUUCUCCUUUUUCCAGCUACCGAGGAGGAGCAAAAGGCUACAGAGUCGGCGCUUCAGCAGGCGAUAGAUAUCUGUCUGCAGCUCAACGCGAAGGCCGAGGGGUGUGAACCCUCCUCGCCGCCACAGGUCCAUCUGAUACCGUGGGAUUUGCACAAGGCCACGAGUCGACGCCAGCUAAUUGAGCUUUGGGAUGCAUGCCAGCGCUGCCUCCCAUUAAACAAUAUAGUAUGGGAGGUGUUUCUGCUGAAAGAGCCGAUCCAAGAUGUCGCCAAUGUCGAGCUCGGAGUGGUCAAGUCCCUCGGAUACAGUGGACAUAAAUUCGUGCAGGCGUCAUUGAAGCAUAUAGUCCCAGAACGACAGUAUAGCACGCUCGAAAUGGCGUUUGCCCCCGACCAUCCAUUCUAUGUGACAACGCCCGACUGGCAGUCGACAAGCUAUGCCCUCAACUGGAUCCCUGUCUUCUACCUCACCAACAAACUGGCCCCAGAGCAGGAUAAGGCAGUCCGUGAUGAGCUUGUGAACUGCGCCGAUAUCGACUGGGCGGACGAGAAGAGUGUAUGCUACGUGCCAUGGACCAAAGACGAGUCGCGCGACGGCAACCUCGACGACGCGUGGGAGGUUUUCUGGGAUCUUUAUACAUACAAGCGCGGGCGCGCAGUUCCUUGUGGGCAUAGCACGCCGGUAUUCUUCAUUGACCAGCAGUCUGGUAUCGACCAGACCGUGCUCGUGGCGGAUGCAGACAUGCUGUACAUUGACCGGGACAAUACGGCGGCCCCUUUGGAGCUUCUCAAGGGGCUCGAUGUGCCAAAACUACGGGGCAUCAUGUAUAACCGUAUCCCAGCGGCUGAAGCGCACGGGGCGUUUGUCAAUCGGGGUAUUGCAAAUAUGGGCUUUGACGAGUUUGGGGAUGAGGAGCAGAUCAAGGCAUACCCUCGCCCUGGAUGGCCAGGACAUGGCAUAUUGGAGGACGACGAGUAG